UUAUUCAAAUCAAGAAAACUCUAAAACCAAUGAUAAUAGUAAAACAAUAAAAGAUAGAAAAUUAAAAAAUGAAGAGUUAGAAAAGUUGAUAGAAAAAUUUAGUCUACCUCCUAGUAAACAGUAA